ACAUACACGUACCAAACCAGGAAAGUAAAGGGAGGUAAAGGAAAUUUGUGCGAAGAAGAAUGAAGAAGGAAUAUUUGUAAGAGAUGGGAAGAGUAAAGAAGUUCCUAAAAAAACGAAAGGAAUGGUCAGAUAUUUCGCCUGCUAUCAAUUCUUUUCUACUUGCUCCUUCAUGGUCGUGGUGAGUGGUUGUCAACGGCGACGUCAUCCUUAAACGGCCGCCAAGACGCAGGAGGCAACGUGGCAUUGAGUGGUGUGGCAGCGGCCUGUAACAAGUGACAGCACGUUCCGAGCCCAACACAGGCAGACCGUGAACAGUGCAAGGGGACUGCGGACUGCGGGACUCUAGUCGCCAUUUUGUGUGUACGGGACUGUCAUCAGGAGAUGCAUUGUUGUCUCCUGUACAGCAAUGCAGACAGUGGCGUGUACUGUGAUGAAAUGAGGAAAACUUAUUCGUAGUACGUAACUGUGGAAAGCGAGAUCAAUGGUUCUCUUGGUAACUCCAACUAAAAUUGAAUUCACCAAUUGUCUCUGUCUCAGUGACUGUCUAGACUCAUGGACACGCAAAUCGGGCUCAACACACAGAAAUUUGAUUAUACCAGUGUGAACUGAAAAUGACAGAUAAAAGAUGCUGAUUACAUAUUGUUCAGUCCGUUUGUGGGUAGAGUUGAAGUGUUAUAGUUACUGUGAUUACGUAGAACACGAGAUGAAGAACAGUGUUGUUUGGUGAUUCAGCCCAGUAGUGAGUUCUAUUAUGUGAUUUAUACUUAGUGUCGUCUCUCCGAAUCAUAAGGUAUGUGAAAAACUUUCUGAAAUUUGUUGUGUACUUGAACAGUAAGUUCAGCAACAAAGAUGGACAUUGACACUUUCCAGUCGAGAAGUCUGUCAUAUUGCAGUAACACUGGUGGAGCGAGUCAGCUCUAAUUAAUGAAGGAGGCAGCAAGAGUGUCAUUUCCGGCGAGGAGGUAGAGUUGCCCGGAUGCGCGGAAAGCAGCAACCUCGCGGCCAGCACAUCGGCCCGGAAGACGACGAUGAUGACUUCGUUUCCGUAAAGACAAGGCCGCCAACCCCCGUACUGGCCGUUGAUGGUUGCGGGGGUGGUGGUGGUGGUGGCGGUGGUGGCGGCGGUGGAGGUGGUUUCUGGUUGGCAGCCGUUACAGCUGCCGCCGCCGGUGGGCCUCCACAUGGAGUACAUCCAAUGGAUGGCUGUCUCACGAGCGCAGAGACAGGCUUCAUCAACAGCCAGCCUUCAAUGGCGGAGUUCAUGACAGCUUUACCUCACCUGACGGGAGAAUUGCAGCAUCCGCCUCCACCGGGGUCGUUGAGUCCUCCGCAGGGAACCUACCAAGGGAUGGUAGAUUCGCACGGGCAGCCACCACCAGGACAACCACCACCGCCACCUGGAGUCAAUGUUCCGGAGUAUCCAUGGAUGAAGGAGAAGAAAACUACACGGAAAAGCAAUCAGCAAGAAAAUGGGUUGCCUCGAAGACUCCGGACUGCAUACACAAACACUCAAUUGCUGGAGCUGGAGAAGGAGUUUCACUUCAACAAGUACCUCUGUCGACCACGACGAAUCGAAAUAGCAGCAUCGUUGGACCUCACCGAGCGACAAGUUAAAGUGUGGUUCCAGAACCGCCGGAUGAAACAUAAGCGUCAAACACUGAGCAAGUCUGGUGAAGACGGUGACAGUAAAGACUCUCCUUCAGGAGGCGGUAGUAAGGGAAGCAGUAAGUCCGACAAAAGCAUCUUGCUUCUACAAGACGAGAAUAGCAAGGGUUGUCAGAACUGUGACCUACAAUCAGGGGGCGGAAACACAGGUGGCAGUGGUAUUGGUGACCAUACUUCAAACAGAGGGAACAACAAUAAUACGGCAGGUGUUGCCAACAACAAUACGAGUUUCAAUAACAAUAACAGCAAUGCCAGUAGUGGUGCAAGCAGUGUCGCUAGCAGCAUCAGUAGUUCCUUCGAGAAGAUGGUCACUGAGGAAGACUCGAGAUCUAAUGAAAGUAGCGGCAUUCUGUCAACACCAGGACUGGUGGUCAAGAAACUCGGUGGGAGUGAAGUGCUUGUCAAAGUGGAGGCUGAGAACAAAAGUCCACCCCUCUUAUCUCUAGUAACGAAGAAAGAACCAGGGGGUAAGGAAGUAUCAGCAGCCAACAGUGUUAUGGGUGGGGGAACACAGAGUGGUAAUGGAAGUUGCGGUAGUUCUAGUGGGAGUGCAGGAUUGUUAUCUCUUCCGGACGCGUCUCAACAACAACAACAGAGUGUAUGUCCUGUCGCGGUGCCUCCUUCAGGCAGCCUCACACCCUCGUCAACACCUGGGACGCCACUCCAACAACAAUCAAGUCCUCUGGGCAGUAUUCAACAGCCACCACCUUGCAACAGUAGCAGCUCGAACACCGGCGUCAUGAUGGUAGGUAACAGCGCGAUGUUUCCUCAGAGAUCCAGGAGUUCUCCGACUACGACAUCGACAACAAUAGCUACAGCGACCGCUACAGCUUCCGUUACAGCUGUUCUUCAGCACCACUCGAGUCCCAGUAACACAUCAUCGGGUUCGAUGCCACCACUAAUACAAAUCGUCAGAGGAGCGACACCGUCCUCGGGCGGGGCGUUCCCACACCACAACAACCAGCUACCCGACUACCGUCACUCGGGGCCUCCGAACCGAGCAGACUUCAGGCGUCAACAAGGAGUCACCACAGGCACAACAGUACAACAGAGUGGCUGCUACAGCCCAAGGGACAUAUUUCAGCAGCAGCGUUUGAUGUACCCUCCUACCCCAGACUCUGUACCGUACAUGCGGCAGCACCAGAACCCACAUCAUUCUUCUAUUACACCACCAUCCUCUCGCCUGAACGGAUUGCAUGCUCCUGUUACAACUCCGAGAACAACGUCUAUCCCUCAGAACCACCCCAGAGGAUAUCACCAUCAGACUGCAACCCAGCAAUAUCACCACCAACAAUCCUCAACAUAUUGCCCACCUACGAGCUACAACGGAUUUCAUCAGGCACAAAAUCAUCAACCUCCCGACCACCCAGCCUAUCACCCACCAACAUCAUACCAACAUCGCAACCUCAAUAAUCAUCACCCGUACAAUCAAGGACAGCCUUACACGACUGACCAUGAUCCAUACCUCCCAGGAUCGUCGUCCACGAAUUACUCCGGAUAUCCAAGUGGCAUGUACACGGGAAGUACACCCGAAAACAUGCAUCAUCCGACUCAUCAACAUAUGGGCGGCACUGGACAGCACCAGCAGAUGCAUGGUGAUCCGGCUGUAUAUUAUGCAGACGGAAUGCAGCAUCCGCAAAGCACCUUCGGACCACAGCACACACCUCAUCACAUGGAUACAGAAUAUGGGACAUCGCAUGGUGCAUCGAACAAAACACACAAUCAAAGCCAUUCUUAUUAUGAUCAGGCGAACCAACAUCACCAUCAUCAGCAUCAUCACAUGAUGCAUCAAGGUGGAGAUGCGUCGAACAUUCCCAACAACUAUGUGUCGUCCCCAGACCCGUUCCCUCUGAACAGUGGAGGAGGAACGCCUACUCCGGGCGGAACAGGUGUUACCACCACAGCGACAGCGAUAGCAGCGGCAACUGCAGCUGUCAUGACGCCACCCACGAAUGUGCAGACGGACUCUGCAGACAACUUUAACAAUUUUCACCACUUCUACAGCGAGCCCCAUCAUACACAUCCAACUGUGCACCAGAACAAUCCUGCUUCAGCAGAGAACAGCAACAGUUCCUCGGAUUUCAAUUUUUUGAGUAAUCUGGCGAACGAUUUUGCACCGGAAUAUUAUCAGCUCAGCUGAAAGCUGUAAUCAUUGAAGUCUCCACAGAAACGGAAGGAAUUACGUUUACUAUAACUGAUGAUAAAUUAAAAUUAGAACACAAUUUUUAAAAUUAAUCUUACAUGACUGAUUUCGAAAGAUCACAUAUUGCACUAAAGCAAAUUGUAGCAUUAUAGACUUCUUUCGGUGUCUUUUAGGAAGGCUUCCUUUCAUGUGCAUUAAAACGAUAUCAUCUCUAAGAAUGAUACGAUUUUUAAAAGUAUCCGAGGAAGUCUGUUGACUUUAAUUGACUGAACUGAAGUCUCAGAUUGAAUUGAAGUAUCAUAGAUUUGAUAACAAACAAAAAAAUAUAUAAUAACUAGAUGCUACUGAAUGCACAAAAAUAAAAAUCAAACGGCAAUAAUAGUUCAGUGCGAUGUUAGUUUGUUUCUCUGGCUUGGUUACAUUGUCUAUUUUUUUUAAAUGAGUGGGUGGAAGAAGUAACGGUUAGUGAAGAGCAUUGCGCAGUAUAAUAACGUGAAAAAUUAUGUCUCUGGGGUUUUUAAAAUUAAUUUUAUAUUGAUAACUAAAUGCCAUAAAAGAUAUCGUGUGAUUAAAAUGUGAGGAAGAGUCACAGAGAGAGAUACUAUGUGCAAUUUUGUUUCACGCUGUUUGAGCAAAGCUCACGUGGCCAUGACAAAUACAAGGACUAACUGAUGUUCAAAAUUAUAUAUGUACAAAUAUAUGAACAAAACAGAAAUUAAGGUUACGUGACAAGAAGGUUAUUGCAAGGCAGAAACUCAACAAUUUUGUCCUUAAUGCUAUUAUUAGAUAGAUAUUCCUAUUAUUAGAACAAAAACUAUGUUAUUGUUGUUCCUUUGUUGUUUGGUGUAAAUAAUCUAAUACUGAUUCUUAUCAUUUACUAAUGACUAUUAUUAUUCAAAACAAUUAUGUACAGAUCAUAUCCUUUACUUCAACGUAAUGGAUUAGA